GAGCGGAAGCGGGCAGCCAAAGGGUCCAGGUGGGCGGGGAGAAGCUGCUACCAUGAGCCCCCUUCCGGCGCGACGUACCGGAAGUUGUGGCCCGGCGGUGUCAAGCUCGGCUCGGCUGACCGACAGCGCGGUCGCCACCGCGACCAUGGGCGGGAAGAACAAGCAGCGGACCAAGGGGAACCUGAGGCCCUCAAACAGUGGCCGAGCUGCAGAACUCCUUGCCAAAGAACAGGGAACAGUGCCUGGAUUUAUUGGUUUUGGAACAUCUCACAGUGACCUCGGCUAUGUUCCUGCUAUCCAGGGAGCUGAAGAUAUAGACAGUCUUGUAGAUUCUGAUUUCCGAAUGGUGCUGAGGAAACUUUCCAAGAAAGAUGUCACCACAAAAUUAAAGGCAAUGCAAGAAUUUGGGACUAUGUGCACAGAACGAGACUCAGAAGCUGUGAAAGGGGUUCUCCCGUACUGGCCAAGAAUCUUCUGCAAAAUCUCGCUUGAUCAUGAUCGACGGGUUCGAGAGGCUACACAGCAAGCUUUUGAAAAACUUAUCCUUAAAGUAAAGAAGCACUUGGCUCCAUAUUUAAAAAGUGUCAUGGGCUAUUGGCUAAUGGCUCAGUGUGAUACAUACCCACCAGCUGCAACGGCAGCUAAAGAUGCCUUUGAAGCCGCUUUCCCUCGGAGCAAGCAACCUGAAGCCAUAGCCUUUUGUAAGGAAGAAAUUACAAAUGUGCUACAGGAUCACCUUCUAAAGGAAACUCCCGAUACACUCAGUGACCCUCAAACUGUUCCAGAGGAGGAGAGAGAGGCUAAAUUCCAUCGAGUUGUAACAUGCUCCUUAUUGGCACUAAAGAAACUGCUUUGCUUCUUACCUAACAAUGAGCUGGAUUCUCUGGAAGACAAAUUUAAAUCACUUUUAUCGCAGAAUAAGUUUUGGAAGUAUGGAAAACACAGUGUACCUCAGAUCCGCUCAGCAUAUUUCGAGUUAGUUUCUGCUUUGUGCCAAAAUGUUCCCCAGGUGAUGAAAGAGGAAGCUUCCAAAGUGAGCCCAUCUGUCCUGCUUAGUAUUGAUGACAGUGACCCCGUGGUCUGCCCAGCUCUCUGGGAAGCCGUGCUCUAUACCCUGACAACGAUUGAGGACUGUUGGAUUCAUGUAAAUGCAAAAAAAAGUGUGUUUCCCAAGCUGACGACUGUGGUUCGUGAAGGUGGCCGGGGUCUAGCUGCUGUCAUAUAUCCUUAUCUUUUGCCAUUCAUCAGCAAACUCCCUGAGUCCAUUACAGAGCCAAAGCUGGAUUUCUUCAAAAAUUUUCUCACCUCUCUAAUUACUGGGCUGUCAACCGAGAAAACCAAAGCAAGCUUUUCCGAGUGCUCAGCUGUCACCUCUGCGUUUUUUGAAUGCUUACGGUUUAUAAUGCAGCAGAACUUAGGCGAGGAGGCAAUGGAGCAGAUGCUUGUCAAUGAGCAGUUGAUCCCAUUUAUUGAUACUGUUCUCAAAGACCCAGGAUUGCAACAUGGGCCUCUAUUUAACCAUUUAGCAGAAACAAUAAGUUCUUGGGAAGCCAAAGCAGAUGUUGAAAAAGAUGCUGAAAUUGUUUACAACCUGCAGAAUGUUCUGCUAAAUUUCUGGGAAAGACUAUCAGAGAUCUGUGUUGAGAAAAUCAGUGAGCCGGAAGCGGAUGUGAAGACUGUUUUGGGUGUGUCGACCCUAGUAGGGGUCCUUCAGAGGCCAAAGAGGUCGUUGAAUUUAAAUAGAAAGAGAAAAGGCAGGGUCAGGUUUGCCAGUGAGGAGCCUGAAGCUAAACAGGAGAAUGAAAAGUGUGUGUCUUCAGGAGAGAGCAGCGAGGGCUCUGAAGGAGCCGCUGAGUCUUCUGCCACUCAUAAGUCUUCAGACCUCAUGUCUCCUUUAAGGAAGAAACCUCUGGAAGACUUAGUCUGUAAACUUGCCGAGGUCAGCAUUAGCUUUGUCAAUGAGCAGAAGUCAGAGCAGCACCUGCAGUUUCUCUCUACGCUGCUCAACUCCUUCUCCUCAGGCCAAGUAUUUAAAGUUCUCCUCGGUGAUGAACAGAAGGAUGCUGUCAAAGCCAGACCUCUGAAGAUAGGCAAAUUUGCACAAGAAAACCCUGCAGUGCAGUUCCUCUACCAUAAGCUGGUCGACUGGCUAAAUGGGAGUCAGAAGACCCACGGGAGCUUCCUGGUGGACAUCUUGUACAGUGCCCUCGGAUGCUGUGACAGUGACAUGGAAAGGAAAGAUGUUUUGGAUGAUCUGACCAAGGAGGACCUGAAAUGGGGUUCUCUUCUUCAGGUCAUUGAAAAGGCAUGUUCUAGCUCAGAUAAAUAUGCUUUGGUAGCUCCUUGGCUUAAAGGCUGUAUUCUUGGAGAGAAAUUGGUUGCCUUGGCAGACUGUCUCUGUGGUCAGCAUUCCGAGUCUACAUCUUCAGAACCUCAUUCCUCAGAACAGUGGACUCUGCUGAGACUGGCAUUGUCACAACAUGUUAAAAACGAUUACUUAAUUGGAGAAGUAUAUGUUGGAAGAAUUAUUGUUAAACUUCAUGAAACUUUAUCCAAAACAAAGGAUUUGUCAGAAGCUGAAAACAGUGACUCUUCGGUGUCUUUUGUCUGUGAUGUGGCCCAUAGCUAUUUCAGCUCAGCAGGGGUCCUGCUAAGGCCGUCGUCUGAGGACUUGUUAUUAACUCUCUUUCAGCUAUGUGCUCAGAGCAAAGAACAAACACACUUGCCAGAUUUUCUGAUCUGUAAACUGAAAAGCACUUUGCUCUCUGGCAUAAACCUGUUGGUCCAUCAAUCUUCAAGCACACAUGGGCAGAGUACUUUCCUGCGUUUGUCUGCUCUGUGGCUGAAGGACCAGGUUCAGUCUUCAGCUUUGGACAACACGAGUCUUCAGGUCCUGCUGUCUGCUGUUGGUGAUUUGCUGAAUACUCUUGUAGAGAGUGGGGACACUUCUCUUCUCGGAGUCUAUAUUGGAAGUGUAAUGCCCAGUGACAGUGAGUGGGAGAAGAUGAGACGCUCUCUUCCAAUUGAGUGGUUAUACAGACCUCUUUUAGAGGGAAGAUUGAGCUUAAAUUAUGAAUGUUUCAAGGCUGACUUUAAGGAACAAGAUACACAGACUCUUCCCAGUCAUCUGUGCACGUCUUCAUUAUUGAGCAAGAUGAUCUUGAUUGCCCGGAAAAAGGAAAUAGUCCUAGAAAACAAUGUCCUUGAGAAAAUAAUUGCAGAGCUGCUGUACUCAGUGCAGUGGUGUGAGGAACUCGACAACCCACCGCCUUUCCUCAGUGGAUUCUGUGCGAUGCUUCAAAGAAUGGAUGUAACAUAUGGCAACUUAUCUGUGCUGGCUAAUACUUCCAGCCUCUUGGAGCUGUUAUUUAACAGGUCUAGAAAAAAUGGCACACUUUGGUCUCUUAUCAUUGCUAAGUUGAUCCUUUCCCGAAGUAUUUCAUCUGAUGACGUAAAACCAUAUUACAGAAGAAAAGAAAGUUUCUUCCCUCUAACAGAAGGUAAUUUGCACACCAUUCAGAGUCUCUGCCCAUUGUUGUCCAAAGAAGAACAGAGAGAAUUUAGCACUCAGGGUAUACCUGCUUUUCUGGGCUGGACUAAAGAAGACCUCUGCAGUAUUAACGGAGCUUUUGGACAUCUUGCCAUUUUCAAUUCUUGCCUGCAAACCAGAAGUGUAGAUGACAAACAGCUACUGCAUGGUAUAUUAAAAAUUAUAAUAAGCUGGAAGAAACAGCAUGAAGAUAUUUUUCUUUUCAGUUGUAACCUAUCAGAAGCAAGUCCAGAGGUGCUUGGUGUAAACAUAGAAAUCAUGCGGUUCCUUUCCUUGUUUCUGAAGUACUGCUCAUGCCCUCUAGCAGAGAGCGAAUGGGACUUCAUCAUGUGCUCCAUGCUGGCUUGGUUGGAGACAGCCAGUGAGAAUCAGGCACUAUACUCUGUCCCACUCGUGCAGCUGUUUGCCUGUGUCAGCUUUGACCUGGCCUGUGAUCUCAGUGCCUUUUUUGAUUCAGUAACUCCAGAUACCAUCGGCAAUCUUCCUGUAAAUCUAAUCAGCGAGUGGAAAGAAUUUUUCUCUAAAGGCAUCCACAGUUUGCUGUUACCUCUUUUGGUGACUGCUAUCGGAGAAAACAAAGACCUGUCUGAAACAUCCUUUCAGAACGCAAUGCUGAAGCCCAUGUGUGAGACAUUAACAUAUAUCUCCAAGGAACAGCUCCUGAGUCACAAGCUCCCUGUGAGAUCAGUUGCUGGGCAGAAAACAAACUUGCCAGAGCACCUCCAGACUUUGCUAAAUACUUUGACCCCCCUGCUCCUCUUCCGAGCCAGACCUGUGCAAAUUGCUGCUUAUCACAUGCUCUACAAAUUGAUGCCUGAAUUGCCACAGUAUGAUCAGGAUAAUCUGAAGUCGUAUGGAGAUGAAGAGGAGGACCCUGCCUUGUCACCACCAGCAGCACUGAUGUCUCUUCUUAGCACUCAAGAGGACCUGCUGGAGAACGUCUUGGGCUGUGUUCCUGUGGGGCAGAUAGUUACCGUUAAGCCACUGAGCGAGGAUUUCUGCUGUGUUCUGGGAUACCUCCUUACUUGGAAAUUAAUACUCACUUUCUUCAAAGCUGCCUCAUCUCAGCUUCGUGCUCUGUAUUCAAUGUACCUUCGGAAAACAAAGAGUUUGAAUAAGUUACUCUAUCAUCUGUUCAGACUCAUGCCGGAAAACCCUACUUAUGGAGAGACAGCUAUUGAGGCAUCAAAUAAGGACCCCAAAACAUUCUUCACUGAGGAGCUUCAGCUGAGCAUUAGAGAGACAGCAACUCUUCCAUACCAUAUUCCACACUUGGCAUGUUCAGUCUACCAUAUGACUUUAAAAGACUUGCCUGCCAUGGUUAGACUGUGGUGGAAUAGCAGUGAGAAGCGUGUUUUCAAUAUUGUAGACAGAUUUACAAGCAAGUAUGUCAGCAAUGUUCUUUCUUUUCAAGAAAUAUCUUCUGUACAAACAAGCACACAGUUAUUCAGUGGCAUGACGGUUAAAGCACGAGCUACUACUCGAGAAGUAAUGGCUACUUACACCAUUGAAGACAUAGUCAUUGAACUUAUAAUACAGCUGCCUUCCAAUUAUCCCUUGGGUUCGAUAACAGUGGAGAGUGGGAAGAGAAUUGGGGUGGCUGUGCAGCAGUGGCGCAACUGGAUGCUGCAGUUAAGCACUUACCUCACCCACCAGAAUGGAAGUAUUAUGGAAGGCCUAGCGCUAUGGAAGAAUAAUGUAGACAAGCGUUUUGAGGGUGUUGAAGACUGUAUGAUCUGCUUCUCAGUUAUUCAUGGUUUCAACUAUUCUCUUCCAAAAAAAGCCUGUAGAACGUGCAAGAAAAAGUUCCACUCAGCUUGCUUGUACAAAUGGUUUACAUCUAGCAACAAAUCCACUUGUCCACUCUGUCGUGAGACCUUUUUCUGAGUGUUUUUUAAGUUGUACGUUGUCCCUGCGGUAGGUCAAACCAGAGGCAGCGGGCUUGUCUCCGUCUUGAAGUACUGGCGUGCAAAAGGAAGCCAGUGAGCAUGACAGAAUUGCCAUCUCUGUCAGUGUGACCUGCAGUCGGGUUCACUUCUCUUGAGGCUGCUUUGUAAAUCUUUGGAAACAUUUUUCUUUUACAAGAGAAUAUUACAUAUUUGAAAGAAAAUAUUUAUAUUAAUGGUUAAUCUCUUUGUAUAUUUAAAAAUAAAUAUAUCUCUUCUCAAAAAUACCCUAAAUUAUAGAACUGAAAUUUGUGAAAGCAUUAGCUAUAUUAUAACUUAUAAAUCAUCAAGUUUGUUGGUCUGUGUUGUAGAACAGUCCAGGUGUAAAGCAAAAUGAAUUGAGAGCUGAUUUACAUGUAUAGAUAAUACUUAAGAUUUGGUAGUGAUGGUGGAAAAAUUAAAAAUUAUUCUGGGGGAGGGGAAAAUUAUUCUGGUUUUCACAGCUUGUUUUAAGGAUGAAGUGACACUAAGCUAUUUUAACAUCCGUACUCAGCUGUUUGAAGCACACGCUGAAACAUCACAUGGAAGAAUGAACUGUACUCAAGGAGCUCUGUCGAGAAUUGUGCAAUUUAUAAAUUAUACCCAUGACAUUAACCUUUUGCUUGUGAAAGAAUUAUUUCUAUAUGUUAAUGAGGUUCGGGUUGUAAAUUUGUGAGUGAAUUUGUUACUCAGUUUAGUGAGUCUCCAGAGUAGAAAGUUGAGGCAAGCAGUUAUUUGAUUGUUUGUGAAGUAAAGUGGUAGUUAUCUAUCAGAAAGGAACAGACAAGCAUGCUUACUACAAGCAUGGUAACGUGGGAAAGCCAGUAAUUAAAAAUAUUGUAGGAGACUUUAAAUGUUGCAAACAAAAUUUGCUAUCCUUACUGGCCACGGUUACACCAAAUCAGGAACUGGGGAAGCUAACUAAUUCUAUGAAGGAUUUAGUAUUAAGUUAAAUUAAGUCUUUGGUUUUUUGCUUUUGUUUUGUCUUGAGACAGGAUUUCACUGUGUAGCUCCAGGCUGGUCUGGAACUCACUAUGUAGACCAGACUAGCUUGGAACUCAAGAGAUCUGCCUGCCUCUACCUUCCAAAUGCUGGUAUUAAAGGUAUGUGCCACCAAUCCUGGUGAAAUGAAGUUUUAAUAGACUGAAGUGUGUAAACAAGUAAAAAAUUGCCUUGGCUACAGUAUCAUUGUCUUUAAAAACUAUAUCCAGAGUAUGAGGUAUGGAAGUUUGGAUCUUAGACUAAUUUUAUCACAGUCUUCCAUUUCAUAUCUAGUAGUUAGGGCACCUAAAAGGUUGGUUUAUCUCUGCAAAUGUCUGAUUAGAAGGGUGCAACUCUUGUCAAAUAAAAUUGCUGCUUACCGUCAACUGGUCAACACGGCUGUUAUUGAAAUAGUAUGAAUUUGGUCAGGAUUACAGUUCAGAGUAACAACUGUGUGGAUUACAGAUGCAGCAUCGGUUUGUCUAUCUUCUGAUUUUUUUUCUGUGUAGUACUUAUCUUACAGUCUUGAGGUUCAGAGACAGAGUGAAGUGUAGAUAUCAAAAUUCUACUACCUCUUCUUAACCCCUUAAAACAUUGUCUUACCUUUCUGUCUGCCUCUGACACAGUAAUCUCAAGGAUUGUGUAAUCCCCCUGUAAAAGUUAUUCUUUGCCUUUAAAAGUGGUUUUACAAUAAAAUUUUGUUUAUAACCCUUCCA